AUAACACUUCCAGUCCUCACUCCAAGUUACGCUUCAAAACCAACAAUAAUCUAUAAAAAAGAGUGGCUUCAUAAGUGAGGGGGGUUUCUUUUUCAAUUUUUUUCUUUUCGGGGUGAUGUAUCUUUUCUAGGUCAUAGAGAUCCAUCCAUCGGAAUGACCGUUGCUGCUGCUACUGUUUUGUCUUCUUCAAUCUCCACUACAUCCUCAACAUCCAAUUUCCGAUACCUCACCAACUACUUUGUAAAACAAUCGGUUUCUACCAGCACUCUCCAACAAUCGACAUGUCUUUCGUCAUCCAUAUCGUCCAACAAGGCUGUUGUCGACCGAGCCAUACUUUUACAAGACCGAGAAAACGACUUGGAGUUUUAUCAGACAUAUUUUUAUGAUAAACCCCAUUAUAACUACAUGGCAACGACAUCCGAACAAGGACCGAUUAUAGUCUCCGUAAUUGUUGACCAUGAAGGUUGUAUUAGGAUUCUUUCUAGAACUACACAGCGAAAGAAUAGAACACUCAAUUUCGGAUUUGGAUCUUCCCUGGUUUAGGAGACUCUUUGGAAUAUCCGGUCUUUUCAUUCUAACUCAAGUCUGCCCGACAAUGCCUAUUAACACGUUGAAGCUUUGUCAACAUCCAAAUCUGCCUCGUGAAUUGAUACGCAUGGAAGAACGAC